AUGUGGUCUUCCGCCGCCUUCCACCAACAGUACAGAGAAACAGCACAUGCGGGGAUGUUUGAUUCAACGUCUGAGGGGGCUUCAGGUGGAGGACAGCGGAGGGUUACCGGCUAUACACCGAACCUGUCAGCCGGGCACCGCAGGAUACCAUGUCGAACCGAAAAAGCACCGGACAACCAGGAGAUAUGCGCCCGCAAGGUCCGAGAGCUGGCCCAGUCUGGAGUAAACAAACACUUGCCUUCGAGUGCAACCAGCCCGGGGUGACUUUACACCGACAUCACGGUGGGCAGCUUCGUCUGCACGUCGUGCUCCGGAAUGCUGAGAGGCCUCAACCCUCCCCAUCGAGUCAAGUCUAUCUCCAUGACAACCUUCUCCCAACAGGAAGUGGAAUUCCUUCAAAAUCAUGGCAACGAGGUUGGGAGGAGGACAUGGCUCUGCGUGUUUGACCCAAAGACGGACAGCUGCCCAGACAUGAAGGACUCUCAGAAGUUCAAAGAGUUCCUUCAGGACAAAUUUGAGAAGAAAAAGUGGCAUUUUUCCAAAAGUAAGAACCGGAGAGAUGUCGAGGGUCCAUGGAGCCCGGGGGUCCAGGCAGUGCCCCCUUCCCACGGUCCCUUAGCGAGCCAUGCCCCCUCACAUAACCUGCCCCCAAACGCCAGGUCCACAAGGCCACUGUCUCAGUCCCAGCUGCCGUUAUGGGAUCGAGCUCCUGCGAUCUCGCCUGCCGACAUGCGGACGGACGCGUUCACCGCUCGUCCGUCGCGCUCCCAGAGCUUCAGAGACCCCUCUCUCAAAGAUCCCACCCUGUGCGGGAUAGAAAGACAGCGGCCGGGGUCCCUCUCGUCAGCGCUUGGAGCUCAGAGCCACGUUCCCUCUUUCCCCGCCCUCCCGCGGCCCUCAGCCAGUAGCUCUUUCAAAAACCACUUCACUUUAGGUCGUACGGUAUCGGCCUCAGGGACCACUGGGCCAUUCAGGGCCUUCCCCAAAUCUCUCAGCGUGGACUUUGGAGGUCUGAACCAUCCUCAGCAGCACUCUCUGCCCCACUCUAUGUCCCAGCAGCAGCCUGGAAACGCGGGCCAGGCGACAACGCAAGCCGGCAACUCCAACCCCUCGGACAGAUACGCUGCGGUGUCGCAUCUGGACAGCGUCUCAUGUGAGCCACCAACAGUUGCAGCUCCACCUGCUGGCCCUCCGCAGUACAACGCCCUCUUCGGCAACAGGCUGUCAUCCAGCUCCACUCCUGCCAGUUCCCCCGGUGUCGAAACAGUCUCCGGCUCCCAAACGUUUGCAAAUUUCCCCAACCCAUUCAGCUCUAGCUCGGCCUCCCAGCAGCCCGUUGCUCUCUCCCCCAGUAACCCCUUCAGCAGCUCAUCAGGAGGUGACUCCGGUGAGUUUGUCACCUCGCCCACCCCCGUCUUUCCUCCGUCCGCCUCCUACCCGGCACUCAACACCCAGAAUGCAUUUCACCAUGAGUCAGCCAGCAACCAGGAAUCCAAUGGUUUCGCCUCCUUCCCCGCGCCCGACUCUCAGCCCAAAGUCCCUCGUCCGAUGUCGGUGAACCCGUUUACGGGCAAUGUUUACGCCAGUAGAGGGACGUCGCGAAACCCUUUCAUCUGACCCCCCCUCUUCUCUUCUUACUUCAUCUCUGGGAAAAAAGGGAGAACUUGAGGAGUCGCUGCCAUUGCAAUGCCUCUGGAGUAUUCUCCCCCUCUAUGGGAGCCUCUCCCCCCCCUCCCUCUGUCUGUGUUUACGUGUUAUAGUGAGGAACAAAAAAAUGUGUGAAUGUAAUUAUGGUAUUCAUGUGUGUCUGAGAUCGGUCGCCUGCUGUGUUUGUACCAUAUGUCAAAAAAGGUAUUUGUGUGCCAGUAGACGCCACCUCAGGGCUCUGUGGGAGUCGAGAGUAGAACAACGCCUCUAUGAUUUUUGCAGAAACAAAAACACACACACAUGUCGCUGCUGCUGCUACUUUGCUUUCAUCUCCUGCUUUAAAGUGCUAAAAACCAGCCUGUCUGUGCAUCAGCGUCUUCGAAACAAACGAGUCAGUCGUCCAAAAGGAAGAUCCGGAUCGUGAGUUUCUACAGGACAGCCUUAACAGCCUCCUGGUGCACGGGAGUUAGCCUCUAAAGAUGAGACAGGCUUUUCUCCGUGUUGAGUGUGUGGAACAUGUUUGCAUUAGUCAUCAUCCUUUUGAAGGAUAAUGUAUGUUUUCCACUUCCUAGGCUGCAUGCGCUUAGAGGGCUACAAGGAGAUUCUACUGAAUGUAAAAGACAUUUCAGAAUAACUUAAAUGUGUAUAAACAGUUCGUCAUUGCUUCACGUUCCGGACCAUCAUGUUUUCUUGUUUUGUUUUUUGUUGACAUGGAGGCGAAGUUCAUUUCCCCGUAUAUGCCAAAAAGAAAAGAGAUUAAUGUGUCUUUGUGAAGACGAGUAUUCAUGUUCAUAAAAUCAGUUUGUUGCUUCUUAAGACA